AUGGUCUUCAUUCCUACAAGCCCGGUACGAAUCUUUGCCAGGCAACAAGUCGUUAUCCAUCCACAGACUCCGAAGCCUUCCAAAGAGGGACAAACAGCCACCGCGGCCAAGAAGAUCAACGAAAUACCUCCCGCCGAUAUGCCGGAAUCACGAUCGCCGACAUCUGGCUGGCGUGGAGGGGUUUCUCGCCUCAUGCGACAAGCCCAGGACCGACCACAUACACCUCCCAAAGAGGUAAGUCGGUGGUCCAAAACAACCACAGAGUCAGAGAUAUCUGAUGCAUUUCCGGAACCACCAUCGUCAUUGUCAGACAGGAGAAGGAGUUUCCUCAAGAAGAAAUCCAAGAUGAAGAGGCAAUCAAUGGACACUACAAAUUCAAGCCCAACAGACCCAUUCUACGGCCCUGUAAAUAGGCAGCUCGAACCGAUCGGAGACAUCCCUCCUGUCCUUUCCUCCAGUCGGUAUGAAGAGCCGAAAGCGAUGGAUGCUACGGACUCAGAUGCUUCGUCUGAGCUCGACCCGACCAGCCCCGUCAUUCACAGAGCAAGCAGCGUCCGCGUCAGCAAACCUCACAUUGUGCAGCAUAGCAACAGCUCCGGCGGCUCGGUGCCCAAGUUGUACGCUCCUCAUUCGACCACGAUAUCAACGAAUGAUGGACCAUCCAUAGCAGAAACAUCGCAGACUUUGGGCGAAGACCUCAAAAAUGUCUCCGACCUGACACCAGCUGUCGAGAAGACCGACAAGAGCGAUAUCCUAGGCGGUCCAAGCGAUGCUCUCAAGGCGCUCGAAGGCCAACAGGAGCCGCAACAGAAAGAUGAUGAGAGCAUCACCGCCCUCCCGCAGGUUGCCGCCGAAGUCAGCAACGAGCACCGCGACACGAUGAAAGAAACCAUCCUCGAGUGGCCAGACACUCCCAGCCGGAUUGAAGCGCUCGAUACCUUGCCCACGCCCUUUGGCGGGUUUGGCUCUCUACGGGUCCCACGGACCUCGGACGCAACCUACUCGACAAGCGGAAGCACCUACGUCUCUCCUUCCAUCGUCACGGACGGUCUCCGCUCGAACCCUCCUACCGAGAACGACAAGAAACUUUCCCGCGCUAUCUCCGCACCGGUGCGCAACCCGGCGCGUCGGGUGAUGAUCCGGCCUGCGGACCUGCUCAUCAACAAGGGAACCCACGACCAUAAGCUGUUCCGCGAGAACAUCGUCAGCACCCCGUAUCCGGCAAGACACAGCAGUAUCGGCGAGAUUGACGGAUUUAUUGCUCCUCCAGGAGCCCAGGAGGGGGAAAUGGGAAAUAAGACGCCCAAGCUGAGGCGUGCGAGGCCACUCUCUCACCACACUGAAAAGUCGGCGGAGCACUAUGGCGAGGGCGAGGGCGAGAGCGAGACCAACGACAACAACACUUCUGCACAAGUUUUCCAGGACGACGAGAAACGAGACGACGGCGCCCCCGAAAUCCCCUUCUCCACCAAGCCCACCACACUCCUCUCGCCGACUCCCGCCGUGCCGCCACACACUGCCAAAUCCGACCGAUUCCCCUCGCCGUCUGCCCCGGAGAUCCUUUUCCUGGACUUGCGCCUGGCCCGCCACCCGUCCGCUCAGGUGACAGUGGAGAUUGAGGUGUCUGACAGAGCGACGUUCGAUGACGAGCAACUGUUCACGAUCGUGCGGGACAGUUACGUGACAAAGCUGAUGGGUCGGACGAGAUGGUGGUUCUGCGCGAGGACGUUGGAAGGUGCCAGCACGGGCACGGAUAUCAUCACUCAGCAGGGGUUUUCUCGAGGAAUGGGACUGCCCUUCUGGCAGAGCGGCCUCCAGCAGCAAAUUGGCGCUGGCGCUGGCAAUGGCAACGGGGCCGAAUUUGACGGCGCAGAUUUUGUGAGACAUGUGCUCAAUCCUCGCGUGGGACGGCGGCGGAAGAUGUGGCUGCUCUGGCUCCGCAACAAUCAAUCCCUCGACUCACAUAGCAACAACAACAACAACAACAACAAUAACGGCAAUGCCAACAACGGCCCAGCACGUCGCGGCCGCAGCCGCAGAUCAUAUCUGCCGCAUCAGAACGGCUACGGGCAUGGCUACGGGUACGGGUACGGGUACGGGUACAGCCCGCAGCAAGGCGACGCGACGGCGACGAGUCCAGUCUUUUCGUUUGUGCAUUCGCGGACGAACAGCGACGGCGUCGGCAACACCGAGGCCUCGCCAACAACAAUACAGGCAACUGCAGGUGCAGGUGCAGGUGCAGGUGGUCUCAACAAACAGCCCUCCAUCUCUCUCCCACGAAUGCCCUUCCAAUCUGGCCCUUCCAAUGGUCCAGCCAUGUUCUCGUUCCACCGGACAAAAUCCCUCGCGUCGGCGCUCACUGCAUCCAACAUGCCCAUGCCCCCUUCUUCUACGCAUUCCUCUCCAUCAACCACCACCACGAAUCCCCACUUGUCAUCAUACCCUAUGUAUCUCCCCCACCACCACCAGGCCUCCGGCCCACCAACGAUCUAUCUGCACCAUACCUUCUCCCUCCUCUCCAUCCUCCUCUCCACCCUUGUGGUGUCCCUCCUCUCCUGCCUCACAGCCACAUUCUGGAUCCUGUUCGGAUACCCGGGCCGCAGCGCCGCGGUGGGAAACGGCGAGACAGUCGUCGCGGGCCAGGAGUUUCUCGUGAGUUGGCGUCGGGAUGCGCAGAGUCGCGUCGGUGUUGGGCUUGUUAUGGGCGUGGUGGUCAUGUUGCUUGGAAUGGGGUGCGAGGUCGGUUGGAUCUGGGCGAGUUGGGUUCUUGUUUAG